AUGAGCGCCGGCGGCCAGUACGCGGGGCAGGCCAUCGGCGCAGUGGCCACCGGGGCCGUGGGAGGAGCGGCCAGGCUGGUGACAGGCUGCGCCGCGGGUGCCGUCUCGGCGAUCCGGGGCAUGCGCGCGCUGGAGCUGCCGAGCGCGCCUGCGCCGCAGCGCCCGCGCGUCCUCGAGCAAUUCGAUAUCUCGGUCGCGGGCUCGGGCAGCGGCGUGCCGACCGAGAUGGCGGACGUGAUGGCCGAGUUCAGACGGAUGCGCGCGGAGAUGAAGGUUAGGGCCGCGAGCACGGCGGCCAACACGACUGCCGAGCACGUUCAGGAGUUCUCCGCGCAGGACAUCCAGGAGGUGGUCAUCCUCAUGGCGGUGGUGUACCUGGAGGCGCUGGGCCGCCUGGAGGAGGCGUUGGGGUUCUUCCUGGAGGUGCCCCACAUGGUGGUGGUGGUGGUGGUGGUGGGUGCGGAGUACAUGGACUGGGCCAUGCAGGUGGGUAUCCUCAUAGAGUCGGUGGCGGUGGCUUCGGACUACCAGGUGGACCUGGGGGCGGAGGUGGGCCCGGCGGAUCUGGAGGAGAAUUUCCAGGAAGAGGUGGGCCCGAUCGUCCUGGCGGUUUUGGUGGGCAGCCUGGAGGCGGAGCGCGACGUGUUGCUGGAGAGCACGCUCGCGAAGUUGAAGGCGGCCGACUUGCCGCAUUUGGCCUGGAAGGGCAGCCUGGCUGGUAAACCGGGCAUACUGGAGCAUUGGAUCCAGAGGGCGUCGCUCGACCUAGGGGGCAUGCACCAGCUCAUCGAGCGCUACUGGUCGCAGGUGCUGGGCGUGGUGGUGGAGACGUACGAGACGUACUUGCGCCAUGGGCCCCUGGACCGCCCCGCGAUCAGGCCCAUGCAGCCUGCGCAGUUCCCCCUCAAUGAGGCUGAUGCGGUGAACUUCCACAGCGUGGAGUUGCGACUCCGAGACCUGCUGCUCGCCCUCAUGCCUGAGGACGUCAAGCAGGCGUGCUUGAGCACGAGGCAGACGAGCACCACCGAUACUUUGUUCAGUGCGUAUGUAUCGGCUGGGCCCGGUACGGGCCCUGACAAGGACCACACUUUGCAGCAAGUGUCCAAGGGGAGGCACGUCGACGUGAAAGCGACCUGCGACGAGCUGCAACGCUGGAAAUUCAGCACCGACCGCCUCGCCACUUUGGGCGUCGCGGCUCCCGACCCCAGCGUGCAACUGUCGUCCUUGAAGGCGAUCGCGCACAAAAUGCUGGAGUCCAACGAGGAGGUGAAGCACCGCUACUUCGGCUUCCUCGUGACUCGUGGUUUCAGCGGUGGGGUGGCGAACCAGGCCCAG